CGCACCCCGCCGCACCGAGCUGCUCACCCGCCGUCCCCGGUCGGAGCGGGAGGCGCCGCGGCGCGCGGAGCCGGCUGGGCUUGCGGCUCGGGCUCCGGGCCGGGAGCGGGAUCGGGCUCGGGGCCGCGACAGGCCCAGCCGCUGUCCCGAGAGGCGGAGAAGGCGUAGGGGAAAAAAAGAAAAUAGAAGUUAUCAAGAUGAGUAAAAAGCCUCCAAGUCGUCCAGGGAUCACGUUCGAGAUUGGUGCUCGUUUGGAAGCACUGGACUACUUACAAAAAUGGUAUCCAUCUCGCAUUGAGAAAAUAGACUAUGAAGAGGGAAAGAUGUUGGUCCAUUUUGAACGUUGGAGUCAUCGCUAUGAUGAGUGGAUUUAUUGGGACAGCAAUAGAUUACGACCCCUGGAAAGACCAGCACUAAGGAAAGAAGGGCUAAAAGAUGAUGAUGAAUUUGUUGAUUUUAAACCUGGAGAAGAGGUGCUAGCUCGUUGGACAGACUGUCGAUAUUAUCCUGCUAAGAUUGAAGCAAUUAACAAGGAGGGAACCUUCACAGUACAGUUCUAUGAUGGAGUUAUUCGAUGCCUAAAAAGGAUGCAUAUCAAAUCUAUGCCUGAGGAUGCCAAAGGGCAGGCGCGCGAGAGGGAGCAGAUAGCGCCGGAGCUGAGAUUAGUGACGGAAAUCGAACCAAAAGAAGAUUGGAUAGCUUUGGUCAAAGCUGCUGCUGCUGCAGCAGCCAAGAACAAAGCAGGAAGUAAACCUCGGACUAGUGCAAACAGCAAUAAAGAUAAAGAGGAGAGAAAAUGGUUUAAAGUACCUUCAAAGAAGGAAGAAACCUCAACCUCUACAAUCAUGCAGGAAGUCCAGAAAAAGGAAGAGGAGCCUACAUCUAGUGAACCAUUCGUAGGAUUCCCAGUAGUGGACGUUCCAAAGAUGGCGUUUGUGCGGGCAGAGAGCACAUUAUCGCACAAGAGGAAAAGUAAUCUAGGCAACUCAUUUCAGGCAAAGAGAGCUCGUCUUAACAAGAUCACUGGUUUGUUGGCAUCCAAAGCUGUUGUUGUGGAUGGUGCUGAAAAAAAGGAAGGCAACAAAGAAACAGCUCCAGUCCUGGAGCAGGAGAUUUCACCUAAACCUCAAAGUCAGAAAAAAAAUGAAGCUGAUAUUAGCAGUUCUGCCAACACUCAGAAACCUGCACUGUUAUCCUCAACUUUGUCUUCAGGAAAGGCUCGCAGCAAGAAAUGCAAACAAGAAUCUGGAGAUUCUUCUGGCUGUAUAAAGCCCCCUAAAUCACCACUUUCCCCAGAGUUAAUACAAGUCGAGGAUUUGACGCUGGUCUCUCAGCUUCCUUCUUCUGUGAUAAAUAAAACUAGUCCGUCACAGCCAGUGAAUCCCCCUAGAUCCUACAAAUAUAGCCCGAGGAGAAGAAGAUCACAGCGUUUAGCCACUUGCUCGUUGCCUGAUGAGUCUAUACAAAAAGUUCCUUCUCCCUCUCCAGUCACUGAUGGAAAAGUGUUCUCCAUUAGUGCUCAAAAUCAACAGCCAUCAAUAUCAGAGGUACCUGAUGUUGCUCAUAUGUCACUUGAGAAGCGUGGACCAUGUCUCCCUCUUGACUUAAGCCGUAGUUUGGAAGUUACAGCGCCAUUAUCCACAGAAUCCACUUUCCGUAAUGAGUACCCCAGUAAAGAAAAGGAAGAUACUCAGAUGAUUACAUAUCAUUCUUCCAAAGCAGUAACUGAUGGAAGAGUAGCUACAACAGCGUCAGGUAUAUUGAAAACUGAAAAAAAAGUGAAACUGGAAGAGAAAAACUCAUCAUCAUUUGGUAAAAAGAAGGAAAAAGAUAAAGAGAAAAAAGAGAAAAAGGAAAAAGAUCAUAAAUCAAAACAGAAGAAGAAGAAGAAAAAGAAGAAGAAAUCUAAACAGCAUGAUUAUUCGGAUUAUGAAGAUAGUUCUCUUGAGUUUUUGGAAAGGUGCUCCUCUCCACUCACACGUUCUUCUGGGAGCUCUCUGACUCUGCGAAGCAUGUUUACAGAGAAGAACACAUCAUACCAGUAUCCAAGAGCCAUUCUGUCUGUCGACCUGAGUGGAGAAAACCUCUCAGAUAUGGAGUUCUUAGAUGAUUCCUCCACGGAAAGCUUAUUACUGAGUGGUGAUGAAUACAAUCAGGACUUUGAUUCAACCAAUUUUGAAGAAUCUCAGGAUGAAGAGGAUGCUCUCAAUGAAAUUGUUAGAUGCAUCUGUGAAAUGGAUGAGGAAAAUGGCUUCAUGAUUCAGUGUGAAGAAUGCCUGUGCUGGCAACAUAGUGUAUGUAUGGGAUUAUUAGAGGACAGCAUUCCAGAGCAGUACAUCUGUUACAUCUGCAGGGACCCACCAGGUCAGAGAUGGAGUGCCAAAUAUCUUUACGAUAAGGACUGGUUGAACAAUGGGCAUAUGUGUGGAUUAUCAUUUUUAAAAGAAAACUACUCUCACCUUAAUGCCAAAAAGAUAGUGUCAACACACCACCUGCUGGCUGAUGUGUAUGGUGUAACUGAAAUUCUACAUGGACUGCAGCUGAAGAUUGGGAUACUAAAAAAUACACAUCACCCUGAUCUUCAUCUUUGGGCUUGCUCGGGGGUGCGGAAAGAGCAAGAGCAAGUGACAUUUGGCAUAGAGAAGAAAAUAGUGACUUUGCCAGAUACUGUUAAUCCAUCUGAAAGGACAUGUCACAAUCAAAGCCAUAAAGAACCACCCCCUAGCUUACCGCAGAAGAUGGAAGAAACAUAUAUUAUAAGUGAGCACAGUUACCAGAAACCACAGAGUUUUGGUCAGGACUGCAAAUCAGUUACUGACCCCGUGAGCUCAGAUGAUGAAGAUAUGAGUAGUUUUGAGGAAGAUCAGGAAUUUUGUUCAGAUGAUAAAAACUGUUUGCAAUAUUCUUUAAAAGAAGAUGGCGUGAGUGAGCAGAAGAAUGCUGCUGAAGGGAAUGUGAUGUGUGCUUGUAAUGAAAAAAAAGGAUCAGAAGAACAAGUGGAUUCACAUCUUCAAUGGCAGCUAAAUCUCCUGACCCACAUAGAGAAUGUACAGAAUGAAGUCACCAGCAGAAUGGACCUUAUUGAAAAGGAAGUUGAUGUUUUAGAAAGUUGGCUUGACUUCACUGGAGAGCUGGAACCGCCUGAUCCUCUUGCAAGACUGCCUCAACUCAAGCGACGUAUCAAACAGCUCUUAAUUGACAUGGGGAAAGUACAGCAAAUAGCCACACUGUGCUCUGUAUGACAAAAGGAAGAAUAAAGGAAUAAAAAUAGGCUCUCUACAGUGAAUUUUCUUAUUAGCCACAAGACUGGCAGGAGGACAGCAAAAAGCUGGAUAUUUGUCUGGGUCUGUGCUGAUUACAUUUUUAGCCUGACGCUUUGGAGAAAGGAAAGGAAAUCUAGAGUAAGGAAAUUGACACUGAAAAGCUAAAUAUGCUAUGUUCAAGAUGCAAAGUACAAUAUGUCACAUAUUGAGGAACAUUGAUAUGGUCAACAAUAUGGUAAAUAAGACAUGUGAAGUGGCAGAAUUUCUCCUUCAGGUCAUACAAGAAGGUUCAAGAAAUCUCUGCAAUGGAAAAUGCUAUAAUUUUAUAGUCAGUAGCAGAAAGAGCCAAACUCUAAAACGUCAGUGGGAAAAACAUAUAUCCGUAAUUAUUUUUUCUCCCAUUGCUAGUGAAAAUACAGACACAGAGAGAUCCAUAUCCUCUCUACUGUUGGUCCACCCCCAAAGUUUUAGGCAGAUAACCGAUCUUUUGCAGACGAUGAACUAUUUCUUGUCUAAUUAGUGUUAUUCAGGAAAAUGAAAACAUUUGCUUCACUUUUGAAAGAAACCGUAUGCGGUGGUCUCCUUAUAAAUUUUUUUUUUUAAUGGAAAUCCUCAUUACAGCACCCUUAGGCUCUUUUAAAAACGUAAGUGGCAAACAGUGGUCAGAUGUGCCAAAUAAUACUAAAACCACUGGGAUGACAGUUUGAAGAUAUUGAAAUACCUGAAGAGUUUUUUUUCAAAGUUCUACCUGGUGCCAGCAAUCCAUCCAAAAUUGUAUCUAGUUUAUAUUUUUUUACGUUCUAUUGCAGUAUUCAGGAUUCAAAGUACAUUUUUGUCCUGGGUAGUUCAGCUUGGUGUUAGCCCUCUGAAUCUUUACCAACCUCAUCUGGGAUGAGGAAUGACAAGAGCAGAAAAAUUGCUUGUUUGUGGCUGUGAAUUACUAAACCACUAUCACAAAGAUACAUUAUCUAAGAUGUUUUUAUAAAACUUUUAGCUUCAGUCAUAAGUGAGUAAAACAUCAUGAAACCAAAGGCAACCUAGUUGCUCUGUUAGCUCUUGCUGGAUUUUGAGCUCGGGACCUUCUCUUUGCCUGUGCUCAUGUAAGUUGUCACUGCACCCAGUGCUACAUAUGCAUGUGUAGGUAUAUGUGUAUAUACACGCACAUUCAUAUGUACAUACUAUAUACAUAUUUAUAUCUACACAUGUCUAGUUUUAUUACUAUAGACUAUAAGAACUGGUGGUUAACAUGAAAUGUUACCUUUUAACAAGCAGUUUAUAAAAUUGAAAAUAAUGUAUGUACAGGUUUUGGAAUUUGUAAAAUAUGACUGUUAAAAGGAGGCUAUUUAAUUGAUGACAUAAGAUACUUGAACAUUUUAUGCCUCACAACUGUUUAUCAGUUCUAGUUUUCUGUAUAAAUGCAUUUUAGAACCGAUAGACAGUAAACUUGAAUUUACCUUUUGAUAAGAGUACAAGCCACUGUACAUUCAAAAAUUAUUUAAAUUUGCAAACACACUGUUCUAUAUGUAAGGUACUGUAUGUAAAACUGUUUAUUAAAACUAUUCUGCAUACUCUACAUUUUCCACUUUUCUUCCUGUCGUAUACAGAAAUGUAAAAAAGUGAUUAAAAUAAUGUACAGACCAUAAACAACUCGAAUUUUUUGAAUGCCUGUUGAGGAUUCAGACAGUUGAAAAAUAUGCCAAAGAUGGAUUAUGUACAAAAGAUGUUGAAACUAGUGUUUUGAACUUUCAUCAUAAAACCAUUAUUGAGAGAGAAAGUAGCAUGCCCGGGUGCUUAUUGAAAAAUGCCUACACUAAAGUCUCUAAUUUAUCUGUCAUGUCUGAAGUAAGUUAAUGCUAUUAAUAUUUUAACUCUAAAGCAAAUGUGUCAACGUCAGUUAUAGAAUGAUACCUAUUUAAAAGGUCUCUUCAACAGCAGUUACCACACCAUUGUAUCGGAGAUAUUACAGCUCUGUAUUAAUUCCAAAACUCAACUCAAUCUUAAUUCUAUAGCAGGGAUUGGCACCUCCAUAAUUUAAAGAGGAAAUACAGUAACUGAGGAAUCUGUAAAGAAAUGUUGACUUUUUUUAUGGCAACCACUAUUAUGUUUAACAAAAUGCCCUGAUGUUUUAUACAGUAUAAUUUGAUGCUUAAAUAACUACUUAAGACACAUUUCACAGUAUUAACAGCUGUUGAAAGUGAUCUACUUGCUCUUUGGAUAUGCAAGAUACUGUUAUAUAUUAUUCACUUGCUGCAUAUCCUUAAAUGUGGUACUGUGUGUACUGAAUAGAAUAAAUGUAAAUAUUAAUACACAAUUUGAAAUGAAGUAUAUAGUAUUUACAUAAUAUAUACAGUACAUACUGGUGCUAUGUUAUACAAUGUGUGUAUGCAUGUUUGUGAUACCAUAUAACUGUAAAUGUAAUGAACAGAGAGAUGGACUGAGAUUUAAAGUUGUAGGAAGGAGGUUCCAUGCUUUGGGCCCAUCACAGCAAAGUUAUAAUGAGAUGUGAGAAUAUUAUCCCUAAAAGGUGGCUGUUGUAUGCGCUGCGCUGAGCUGAGGACCCGGAGGUGGUCUCAGAUGCAGGUGCUAGGAGAUGGUCACUGAUGUAGCCAGGGCCUACACUUUUAAAUAUAUAUAUUACAUAUUAAAAAACUACUGUCAAGUAUUGUAUGGUUUCAAAGUUAAGUAAUCAAAAGUUAGGCAAUGUAUGAAUUAAGGUUGCCUAUGCAAUUCAGCCUUCUUCUGCCAUAUGCAUUGUGUUAGUCUUUUAACUUGGAAGGUGUCACUUUUUUUUAACCCCACAGGACCCUGCCUCUUUCAAUGCACAGGAUAGGUAGUGCCCCCUGAAUGAGUAACUUUUCAAUAUUUCUGUUUAUCUUUGUUAAUUUGGUAGUCAAAUGCUUAAUAUUUACCACCUACCAUUUAAACGCUGCACUGCAUACAAAAUUAUUCAUUUCUUCAUGGACUUUUCUAUGACACACAUCACUGUAGUGUCAGAAUGCUUCACCAAACUUUAAGGUCACUUGGUAUCAUCAACCCCACUUUAAAGAUGUGAAACUGAGUAAUAGAGAGAUUAAGGCUAAAAUGGUCAGGCGCCUAACUUGUGAAACACUUUGGGCCUGAUUUUUUUUUUCAGAGCAUUUUUAUAGCACUUUAUAUGGUCAGUGCAUGCACUGACAUCAGUUCUAGUUGUAAGUGCUCAGCACUUCUGCAAAUCAGGCCCCAGAUGUUCCCUGGUGGGCACCUAGAAAAAGAGAGAAUCACAAUUAGUGGCCAUCUGUGAAUUUUGGUUUAAGUGACAUAGGAACUCUGUGGCAGGAUCAAGGAUAGGUUCCAAUUUUCAGAAUGUCAUCCAAUUGUCUUGAUCAUAAGACUAUCCUUUUCCCAUCCUGGGGGGAGGGAUAGCUCAGUGGUUUGAGCAUUGGCCUGCUAAACCCAGGGUUGUGAGGUCAGUCCAUCAGGGGGCCACUUAGGGAUCUGGGGCAAAAAUUGGUCCUGCUAGUGAAGGCAGGGGGCUGGACUCAAUGACCUUUCAAGGUCCCUUCCAAUUCUAGGAGAUUGGUAUAUCUCCAAUUAUUAUUAUUUAUUAGUCCUUUGCCUCAUUCGCCACAUGCCUUCCAGCUUCCUCAUCAAAUGAGGCAGCCAUCUUACAAACAACUGCCUCAUUCACUACACAACUGAUUCAUUCCCAAAGCACCAUCUACGCUGUGCACUGAACAAGGCAAAAGUGCUGGGGGAAAAAUAGUAUUUGAUGCCGUAACUAAAGACUGUAUCACAAUGCAUGUGCACAAAGGGGCCAAAUUAAGGUUACACAAGCUUAAUUCUGUUGUUUUCUAACUUCAGGAUGCUUGACUUUGCCAUCUUUUAUAGUGUUCUUUUAAUGUAGUUUUUUAACUUAGUUUUUUUAAAAAGGAAACAAGGGGAAAAAAACCCAAAAGGAAUUCCAUCAUACGGAGCCAUACUGUGACACACCCAGGGCUACUCAGCAGUGUUGGAACCUUUAAAUCCACAGCAGACUUCUGCCACUUGAGCUGAUAGCGUAACGACUAAUAGUAGUUGGCUGUUAUCCUCCCUGAACCAGCCGCUAAGGAAGAUGAGAGACUUUGCAAGUGGCUUUCACGGGUAUUUGCUAGGCAGCGAAUGUUGGGACUCGGUCCCUGUGUUCUGUUUUACAUUUGAGAGGGGAAAAUUCUCAAGUGGAUGCAGCCUCUUCUGCCCCUUCCCCCCACUUCCCAGCUUGACCCUUUUUGCUCAUCUGCUCGCAUGUCCCCUUGUUACCUUGUUUGUGUGCUCCUGUCCAUCCUCGAGCUUACACCUGUUUCCCCUCCACUUGCCCCUGCCACCCCUCAGCUCCUCAGCCGUGUGCAGUUGAGUUAGGCUGUGUUGUCCUCCUGUUGCCGGGGUGUCGGCUGGGAAACCAUUUAAAACACUGGAGAGAAGAUUUCCAUGUUUUGUUCUGAUGCCUGGAGGGGUGGCAGGAGGCAAUUGUAGGGAAAGUUCUGCUCCGCCCCUGCAGCCUUGGGCUGGAGCAUGCUCAGUGAGCUCGGAAAGGAGGAGCAUGCACAAUGUAAACAGAAUCUUCUGAGAUUAUUGUUAGGUAGGUCUCUAAUAAACCUCUGCUGAGCACAUGCACAGGGUGACUUUCAGAGGCUUGUAAUUUGGCCAGAUUUGGAUGGAUUUUUCACUGUCUUUCUGACACCCCUCCCUUGCCAAAUUCCUACCCUUGCUCCAAGGCAUAGAAGCUCGAGAGCAGUGGUGGGCAGCCUGCAGCCUGUCAGGGUAAUCCACUGGCAGGUUGUGAGACAGUUUGUUUACAUUGACCGUCCGCAGGCACAGCCGCCCGCAGCUCCCAGAGGCCGCAGUUUGCUGUUCCUAGCCAAUGGGAGCUGCGGGAAGCAGCGGCCAGGCCGCAGCUUGUCCACCACUGCUCUAGAGCUUCUCAACUAAACUGCUAUAAGGAUUUUUUUAACAUGAUCAAAAUAAUAUCAUUUCAGGUAACUUUGAUCUCAGAAACCAACUAUUUUGAUGAAAGGUUUAAAAAAAUCAGCCUGAGGCAGACAGACCCCGGCAUGGAGAAUUUCAGCCUGGAUGGUUAAAGUUUGCAGUUAUAAGCAACUGAAAAUAGGUCUUUAUAAUUGCAAAUGCUGGGCAGCCUUAACUUUAUUGCAGGUCCUGAUGGGAAUAUAAGUUCUCACACACUUGUCUGUAGUGAUCCUACCCUCAUACCACAAUGUACCUUUGCUGGGGCGAGUCCCAAACAUGGAACCUCUUUUCUACCCUGCCCUCACUUUACACCUUGUGAAAUCUUUCAGGAUGUUCCCUCCUUUUAGAGAGCAUUUAUUAAAGUCAAGAGGUUUUUUAAAUCUGGGGGAUGACCAUUGCUCCUGUAUUUUAUUUUACCUUUUUUCUUUUGUAUUGAGUCACCAUGUAAUGGGUUUAGUUGAUCACUUUAACAAGGGCGAUUUUUGUUACAAUGCUUUCAUGUAUAUUUAAAAAUGGUUUUGUUAUGCUAUGUGGUGUCCCAAGCACUGGGGAUGGGGGUGGUGUCUUUAGCAAUAAGCAUUAUAUACACUGUGUGUAUUUGUUAUACUUGGAGAAUAGGUAUGGAGCACUUGACAAUAGUGAAAAUACACUAGAAUAAAGAAAAGAGUAUUUGUCUAGCAGACAUUCUGCACCAGCCUGGGCAACUCAUAACUACUGGAAAAAUGUGAAAUAGUGCAGAAAACAUGAAUAUAAUAAACUUCCAAAACAUGCCAUAUAAUCAAGACACAGUGUAUGUGCAUUUGGGAUGCUGUUAACAGUAGAUGAGUUAACAGUUUUCUAGGGAUUGGGUGAUUAACUAAAAUCUAGUCUAAUGCAAAUUAAGUGACCUACUCAGUCUUUUUUAGACUUGCUUACAGCCCUCUCCAUUCAGUUAGUGCCUCUCAAUGCAUUGUCACUGAAAGGUCUGAGAGAGGCGGCACUGAGCUGCUUGAUCUUCCAUGAGAGAAGCAAGGUAUUUUCUUUUAUGGUUUGUUUUAUAAUAGCAAUAAUGUUGAUUGCAUUCUAAUAUACUCACAAUAAAG